AAAAACACAAAGAGUUCUCAUUUUGUCGAAAGAAAGGACCCGCAAACCUGUUUGUUACGCGCCCACUGGAGAAAUGGGAGUAAAGAACUUGUGGGAUAUCUUAGAAUCGUGCAAAAAAACUCUCCCACUUCACCGACUUCAGAAUAAGAGGUUAUGCAUCGAUCUCUCAUGUUGGAUGGUUCAGCUUCAAAAUGUAAGCAAAUCGCACUCUUGUCUGCAUAAGAAGAUUUACCUACAAGGGCUCUUUCACCGCCUUCGAGCUCUCAUUGCCUUGAAUUGCAGCAUCAUUUUCGUUACAGAUGGUUCAAUUCCUGGCAUCAAACUGUCAACUUAUAGACGCCGCUUGAACAAUGGAAGUGAGGUUGCUCAAAAUGACGCAAAUUCGCAGCAAAUACCCUCACUGAAAAGGAACAAGGGUUCUGAGUUUUCUUUAAUGAUAAAAGAGGCAAAAGCCUUAGGACUGGCCCUUGGUAUCCCCUGUCUAGAUGGGAUUGAGGAAGCUGAAGCACAAUGUGCAUUACUAAAUUCAGAAUCAUUAUGUGAUGGAUGUUUUACUUCAGAUUCAGAUGUUUUCCUUUUUGGUGCUAGGACAGUGUAUAGGGAUAUCUGCCUUGGAGACGGCGGUCAUGUAGUUUGUUAUGAAAUGGCUGACAUUGAAAGACAACUGGGAUUUGGAAGAAACUCAAUGGUUACUUUGGCCCUACUUCUUGGCAGUGACUACUCGCAAGGAGUUUAUGGCCUGGGUCGUGAAUCUGCUUGUCAGAUUGUUAAAGCUGUAGGAGAUGGUGCUGUCCUUCAAAAAAUUGCAUCUGAGGGACUGUCUUUCACAAAGAAGGGGAAAAAUUCCAAGAAGCAAGGACUUUCUAAGUCUGGAGAUGGACAGUGUCUGCAUAAAUGUGAUCACUUUUUGAAAGUCAUUGAUGCCUAUUUGAAACCCAAAUGCCACUCGGCUGAUUCUGAUGCUGUGACUAGGGUACUUGUUCAGCAUCCUUUUCAACGCAUCAAACUUCAGCAGAUAUGUGCUGAGCUUUUUACAUGGCCUCCUGAGAAAACAGAUGAGUACAUUCUUCCAAAGAUUGCGGAAAGAGACCUACGACGAUUUGCUAAUCUUCGUUCUAACACAUCAGCACUCGGGUUCAACAUUCCACUCCAAGAGAUACCAGCAAAUUGUCCUGUUUCUGGAAUUGUCAAGCAUAGAAAAGUCCAGGGCAGCGACUGCUUCGAGGUCUCUUGGAAAGAUUUAAAUGGACUUGAUUCAUCUAUUGUACCAGCGGAUCUCUUGCAGAGUGCCUGUCCCGAGAUGAUUGUAGAAUUUGAAGAGCAAAAAGCUCAAGGGAUGAAACAAAAUAGGCGCAAAACUAAAACAAAGAAGUCAGAGGCUGCUGUGGCUGAAAUUGACAAAAGACUCCAAACUCUCUUGCUUCAGAUCGAAUCCGAAAGCAGGGCAGUUCAUAGCCUCUCCCUCUCCCAUACUCCAAUAGUUUCGGAGAGCAGUACUUCUGCUACUGGUGUUGAUGAAAUGAACCAAGAGGAUUUUCUUGAUGUUGAACCAACCAUCAUUGAUCGUACUCGUAGCACAGAGAGGAUUGAGGUCAUUGAUCUCUUAAGCCCUUCACCUGCAAUUCAAACCAGCAAAGUUUCAAAAUUUCAACAGGAAAACAGUGAGAAGAUUGAUGUAAUUGAUUUGAGCGAUGCAGAGAGUGAUCGGUCACCUGAACAUGAGAGGAAGGCGAGAGAAUUGAGAGCAUUCCUUGUUUCUUUGAGGAGUAAAUGACAUCCUCUGGUUGGCCAUUAGUGUAGAUUAUGUAUAUUGCAAGACGAGUCGGAACAUUACAGAAGGAAUAUGAUCCAGAAUCUGGCCUUCAUUAA